AUGGUGGAUGAGGACCCUGUUGAGCUCUCUGUGUAUCUGAGUGCCUCGAGCCGUCGCUCUCUACAGGGUGGAUUCUGCCAUCUGACUGCGUGGAUGUUCACAUCGGGAGACAAAGGCGGUCAGACUCUUGUCAAGGACAUUCCUUUGAAACUCCACGGUUCGCGUUCCGAGGCUCAGAGGACGGCUACUGCGCAGUUCACUUGGACUUGGGACCCUAAGGCUUGUUAUGUCGUAUUGUACACGUUCCCGGCCACAGCUCAGUCGUCAUCUCAAUCUCGCAUUCGAGCUAGCAAUUUCGCUAGGUGGGCGCUGAAGGCGAUAGAGAUGUGCACUCCUCGAGGGUUGGCCUCUUGGGUUGGUGCGUCAGAUCCCAACAUUGAGGAGAGCAUUGAACGUGGUGGCUCUGUGGAAGGGAGUGUGAGAGACGCCUACGUUGUAUACGUUUGGAGCGGCAAGGAUGCUGACUUGACCGUCAAGGUUACGGCUUUGGCUCGGGGAUAUGAUUUGGGUAAGGCUCUGCGAUGCUCAGGAGUGUCAGAGAGAGGGAGUUGGUGCGGCUCAUCGGCGUUGAGAAAAGUUAUUGGGGUUGACGCUCAGCCAGAUGGAGGGGAUGAAGGCUCUUCUUCUCGUCGUGAGACUCAGAGCGCUAGAGCGGGGCCGAGUGGGAGGAGACGUAUGAUUAGCCCUACCGAGGCCGAUCUCUUGGAGAAUCCACCGAAGUCAGCGAGAUCCUCCGAGGCCUCUUCUGGGAGAAGGCAACAGAAUGCUGUGGCACAACCGCUGAAUAUACCCCGGCCGAAGACUGAUCUGGAGUUGAUUCAGUCAUUUGACCUGAGUCCAAAUGCCGAUAAUUCACAUCUUCCUGCUGAGGUUCAGAACGAGCUCCGUUUGCAUCAGUACAGGUCGCAAUGCAGCGAGAUUUUACCUGGGGCUCUCUACCUCGGGGGAGCGAAGGUUGCAUCAAAUUUGGAGAUACUGGAGGAGAAAGGGAUCACCCACAUUGUUAACACGGCGGCUGAUGUGUGCAGUAACUCAUUUGCAAACAGGAACAUCAAGUAUUUGACCUUAUUCCUGAAGGAUGCGAGAGACGAGCCUAUGCUCCCUGCAGUGCUUUAUUGUACUAUGCUGUGGAUUCAUUCCGCGAUCACGGAAGCAAAAGGCAAAGUUCUAGUCCAUUGCUUUGAGGGAGUUAGCAGGAGCUCUACAGUUGUCAUCGCAUAUCUGAUGUGGCUCAGAGCUUGGACGUAUAACCAGGCCUUUAACUGGGUCAAAGCUAUUCGGCCCAUCUGUAGCCCGAACACGGGAUUCACUUGUAUUCUGAUAGUCUUCGGCAAGAAGCUUGAAAGGGCGAGAGGGCCUCAAACCUUGAUGGAGGCGACCGCGGCUUAUCCCACCAUCUCGAGGGUCACGGUACACUCAUUGCGUACUCUUCCUACAGCUGCGGCACUCAUGAUCGCCUUGCCAGUCUCAGCAGGAUCGGCUUUGGGUGCCGAAGCCCCUACGAUACCGUUGAAAAUUGAUUCUCGAUUCGCCCAUAUUCUGCAACACGACAGGUCGGUCGUCAUUUUGCGGUCAGAAGCAACGAGAGCCGAGAUAAUCGAUACGGCAAUCGCUGAGCAUUUGCGCCGAGUUCGAAUUGUCGAGUUUGGCUGCGAUGAAGAUGAAGAUGGUCCAUUGGAAGUCUUUGAAAUAUUUAUUGAUGGUGAAGUUGAUAAUGAAUCGAUGGCAGCUCUUGGGAAGAUGAUUUCCCCGAGCUCCGCGAUCACUGAACUCUCUCUGGAGUCUCUCAUACAAACGAUUACGAAUUCAGCGUGGGAUGAAGAAUACAAUGCUAUAACCGAGAGCGAAGGACGACCUUUGGAUGCAUCCGGGGAUGGCACUGAGACGCCGAGUAUGACACAUGUGGCAGACUAUGUACCGCCAGUAGGCCGCGAGAUCCUCUCCCUGGGCUCGCUCAAUGGUGCGGGGAAGCCGACUCCUGCCAAAGAUCAUGAGGCUCGGGAAUAUGAUGUAUCGGGCGGGGACGCUGACGGAAAGACAGAGGUUUACUGCUAUCCCGACGUAGAGUACUCCAGUCGGCUUACACAAUUCGAGCCAGAUGAGCUUGAGGAGGGUGAAGUUUUCAUUAUAUUCGUGCCACGUCGGAAGCUGCUGGUCAUUUGGGUGGGCGAGGGCAGUGCUCAGCCACCGGACCAACGAAUCGAGAGUAUACGCAAGAUCCUCUGCGAGCGGCAUCAUGAUAUGGAUGAAUCGUCAGUUGAAGUUGAGGUAGUAUAUCAAGGCGAAGAGAUGGAUGAGUUCGAGGAGUACUUUGAUGAUGAUUAGUAUCAUUCAUGACACUGGUAUUGCCAGCGACUGAUGAUGUCUCAUUUGAAUGACACCUACUCCUGUUGCUGCAGUAACCCGG